AUGGCUAUCAAGAAUGUCUCAGUUCUUCUUUUUACACUCCUUAUACUUUCUAUAGGUUGCAAGAAUAUAGUUGAUGCAGCAAAAUGUUGCAUGGAUCACCCAGAGCUUGGUUCAUGUGUACCUGGUGUAGAUGAUAGUCCAGAAGAUGAUGGCAAAUGUUGGACGUUCUGUGUCAGUGACUGUGAGCUCGGAGGAGCUUGCAAAUUAGAGGGAAAUAAGCAUGUCUGUCACUGCAAAUGUGCUUAG